AUGUUGACCAAAUUUGAAACAAAGUCCGCCCGUGUCAAGGGCAUGGCUUUCCAUCCUACACGUCCUUGGAUUCUCGCAUCUCUACACAAUGGUAUAAUUCAGAUUUGGGAUUACCGAAUGGGUACACUGAUCGAUCGAUUCGACGAGCACGAUGGUCCCGUAAGAGGCGUGGACUUCCAUCCUACACAGCCGAUGUUCGUAUCUGCCGGUGAUGAUUACAAGGUGAAGGUCUGGAACUACAAACAGAAGCGCUGUUUGUUCACACUUCUGGGCCACGUUGACUAUAUCCGAACGUGUUUCUUCCACAGAGAAUACCCCUGGAUCAUCACAUGCUCAGACGACCAGGCAAUCCGCAUCUGGAACUGGCAGUCGCGCUCAUGUAUAGCCACCUUAACAGGACACAACCACUACGUAAUGUGUGCACAAUUCCAUCCCAAGGAGGAUCUGGUGGUGUCUGCGUCUCUGGACCAGACUGUGCGUGUGUGGGAUAUCUCUGGUUUGCGUAAAAAGACUUUCCCUGGUAUGGGCGGGCCUCCCCCUAUGCCCACGCGCGAUCAGCAAAGGUAUUGGCUUCUCUUUGGCCAAUCCGAUGCCAUUGUCAAACACGUGCUCGAGGGCCACGACCGUGGUGUCAACUGGUGCGCAUUCCACCCCACUCUGCCACUCAUUGUGUCCUGUGCCGACGACAGACACGUCAAGCUGUGGCGCAUGAAUGAGACCCGGGCGUGGGAAGUAGACACAUGCCGAGGCCACUUCAACAACGUCAGUUGCUGUCUGUUCCACCCGCGCGAGGAUCUCAUCCUGAGUAAUUCCGAAGACAAGUCGAUCCGUGUAUGGGACAUGACCAAACGCACAGGUGUACAGACAUACCGUCGUGAGAACGACCGUUUCUGGGUGCUUGUGGCUCAUCCGGAGAGUAAUGUGUUUGCAGCUGGUCACGACACGGGCAUGGUGGUGUUCAAGCUGCAGCGAGAGCGUCCCGCUAUUGCGGUGCACGAGCACAGCUUGUUCUACAUUAAAGACCGCUACCUGAGGGCGUUCAACUUUAAGAACAACAAUGACGUGCCCCUGAUGACCAUCAAACGCCCUGGACCGCUUAUCCCCAUGCUCACCAUGCACUUUAAUCCCGCUGAAACCGCUAUUCUAUUGACUAACGGCGCCGAAGGAGGCGUGUACGAGCUGUAUAAUAUCCCCAAGGUAUGGGGCUUUGUUGGAAUAUACUUGUGCACGCGUAUGUGGAUGGGAUGCGGAUUCUGA